GAUAAAAAUAGUCUUCAACCUUCAGCAAGUGGGUCAGAAACUGAUUUGCAUGCUAAUUAUCAUGGACUGAAUCACAGAAAACCUGUAGAGUGAGUUUAGACAAUGAAAACAUUCCAGUAGUCACUGGGCCCACUACGUUCUCAUCAGAAGGCCCAGGUUUUCCUGUGUUGGCUCCUGCUAAAACAUCAUGGAUAGCAGUACCACCUACAUCGACACAAGGAUUGCCAACAACUUCAACCCCGACAUCCUACCGCCCGGGGGAUGGCACACCGCGGAGGUCUGUGGGGAGAGUAAGACCACACAGCAGCCUAGCGAGAGGAUCUGGAACACCGUGCUUGUCACAGAGCCACCCGGAUCCAGGGCCAGCCAACCCAAACAGCAAAAACAACAGCAGAGGGCACCCACAAAACCGCCAGAGCCGCCGGUUCUUACUCAUCGCAACCCUCACGACCAGUUCUCUUUCGAAAAAAUUAACAACUGGACGAUCAGUCAGAUUGAUGACUCAAUGGGGAAGAGCAGUAUGCGCCGGUCUUUCCCCCAAAAGGCCAUCGUAGAGCCGUCAGCUGUUCAGGCUGCUCCAAGCCCUGCCAGCUCUGCACCUUUCCCUCAAAGCCCUCCCCCAUUGAAUGACAAGAAAUUACGCUUUUCCUUGUCCGACGAGAUGAAGGAAAAGUUGUCCAGAUCAUACGAAAACAUCCCUUUCGAUCCCGAUGAUGACCGUCUGCCUGCCCCAGGUGGAAUACAGGCUGUCUCCUUCAAUGCCGAGAAACUGCAAGGUUGGACUAUCAUGAACUUAAGGGAGACUCCCCUUCCCUACGAAAUGCUUGAGAAAGAGAACCAGAUUCCGGGAGAAAUGUUCAUCACCUACGUCGAAGAUGGAAAGCUGAAGAUCGUCUUCCUUCAAAAGCAGACCAACAUUUUGCAGAAGGAAUAUGAAAAAGACAUCAUCCGGUUAGAUGAGUACAAAAACCAAAACGGGGUUCACAGCAACGGAGAAAGUGCCAACAGCAAUGGGCAGAAGAGUUUCUCAGAGUCGAGUCAGUUCAUUGAGGACACAAGGAGAGAGUCACAAACCAUCAAUGGUUAUGCACCUUCUAAAGGGUUGGUAAACUAUGGGGACUCAGGCAAGCUGGUCCAAACAAACAACAACCGAAGGGAGUCCCAGGUCAGCAAUGCCAGCAACGAUGGUCCUCCAAAGGGCUUAUUAAAGCACCAGGAUUCAAUGAUGAUGAUCCAACCAGCCAACAACAGGAGGGAAUCCAAUAAUAACGUUGUGGUCACCAUUGGCCCCGCGGAAAGCUCUUCAAACCGUAGGGAAUCAGUCCAAAUGGUCCAACCAAAUGAUGGCAGGAGAGAUUCGCAAUUGAAUGGCACCACCAACGGCUUUCCAGACCAGAAAGAGCCAGUCAACAGGCCGGAAUCGCACUUCAGCUUGGCAGGGAGUGUUAAGGACUGGAGCUUGGAGCCGAGGGAUGGUGAGCAGACAACACAGGGUGUGCCGAGCACAUCAACUGCUGGGGCAGAACAACAGGAGGAGACCCCGCCUGUGGCUACUCAAGUGUUGGUGAAUGGCCAGCACUACUACGUCACAAAGGAGGACAAUGCAGAGGCCCCGAGGUCUACCUUACGGAAGAUCGAUUCCAGCCCACCAUCCACCAUUCAUCCCGUCAGUGGACCAGAACAACCGACUGGACCUCCCGACCGCCCGCCACCCUCGUACGAAGUGCUAGACACAGUGCCCAAGCUGCCCCUGGAAGACAACGGCAGGAGGAGGGAGUCAGAUGUCUCCAGCGUGAUGUCGUCUGUACGAGCUUCCAUCAGCGCCACGGAUGACGUGCUGGUACAGGUAACAAAGGGGGAGGGGAAGUCGCUCCACGUGAACGUACGACCGCCCGAGGGUAUGUCGGCAGGGGACAUCGAACUGGACCUAGACCUGGCUGUUCUCAGUGACAGCGAAGAGAAAGAAGUGAUCGCAGAUCUGGAGGCAAUAGCAGCGGAAGAAUCAAAGGCGGAACACAGGAGGGAAGAACCAAUAGCAGAGGAGCUUGGAGAAGGGCAAACCAGUCUGGAGUACAGAAGAGAAGAACCAAUCAUUGAGGAGCUAGGAGAAGAACAACUGAUUGUGGCAGAUAGAAGGGAAGAAGAUCCUCCAAGACUUGAAGACCAGUUAAAGGAAAUAUUAAGGAAGGACGAAGCAGGAAGCGUUAAGAGCAGCGCGAGCAAGGAAAGCCAAAGAAAGAAGAAGAAGGCGCAGAUGAAGGGAUCGACAAGGAGCAAUGGCGUGGAAAGUGUCACCAGCAGCAUCAACAGUGAGAACCACAGGAACACAGAGAAAAAGAAGAUGAGAUGGAGCAAUCUGUCCCGCCAACAGAGGCAACCGCAGGCGCCAGUGGAAAACGGGGCAAGAGAUGCCACCUCGACGGAGACCAUAGAUGAAGCUUCGCAGUCUUCGGGGAAGAGGGGUUACAAGAAGUCAAACAAAUCAACAAAUGGCCAAAGUGGUUUGGCAAGAUUAACCAGUAAGUUUAAAAAGUCACAGAAAGAUCAGCGAUAGUGAGGCAAUGUACAACCCCACCGUAAUCAGAAAA